GAGGAUUUCAGGUUCCAACUCGCAAAUUCAGUUCAACAGCAGGGAACAGGGAAUGAAAGUUUUACUAGGAGAGGAUUAAGUCACGGGCUGUAAUAGGGAGUGUUAGUUGGUGCAGUCAGAGAAUCUCACCAGACAUCUCCAAGAAUCUCUGAGCAUUUGUCAAAACCUCUGUAACACACGCAAGUGAAGUAGAAGCCUGAAAAAGCAAGCAUCCAACAAAAGAGUGGUCCUUGGAGAAACCGCAAGAUGCAGCCAGAGAAGAAAUACAAAGGGAAAAGCUUCAAGCAGAGACUGGUCUUAAAAAGCAGUUUAGCUAAAGAAACCAUCUCUGAGUUCCUGGGCACAUUCAUAAUGAUUGUUCUUGGAUGUGGCUCUGUUGCCCAAACUGUCCUCAGUCGAGGAGAAGGUGGAGGAGUUGUCACCACUAACGUUGGCUUUGCAAUGGCAGUUGUGAUGGCGAUUUAUGUGACUGGAGGUGUCUCUGGUGGCCACAUCAACCCAGCUGUGUCUUUUGCAAUGUGUCUCUUCGGACGAAUGAAAUGGUACAAAUUGCCCUUUUAUGUAGGAGCCCAGUUCCUGGGAGCCUUUGUAGGGGCUGCCACCCUCUUUGGCAUUUAUUAUGAUGGAUUGAUGUCCUUUGCUGGUGGAAAACUGCUUAUCGAGGGAGAAAAUGCAACAGCUCACAUUUUUGCAACAUACCCAUCUCCAUAUCUGUCUCUGACGAACGCACUUGCAGACCAAGUAGUGUCAACCAUGUUCCUCCUCAUGAUUGUCUUUGCUAUUUUUGAUACCAGAAACUUGGGAGUACCCAAAGGUCUAGAACCCAUUGCCGUUGGUCUCCUGAUUAUUGUCAUUUCUUCAUCUUUGGGACUGAACAGUGGUUGUGCCAUGAACCCAGCUCGAGAUUUGAGUCCCAGGCUUUUCACUGCUUUAGCAGGAUGGGGAUUUGAAGUCUUCACAGCUGGAAAUAACUUCUGGUGGAUUCCAGUCGUGGGGCCUUUGGUUGGUGCUGUCAUUGGAGGCCUCAUCUAUGUUUUUUUCAUUGAAAUCCACCACCUCAACACAGACUUCAAGACUGAACACUCCGAGGACAUACCAGAGAAAUACGAACUGAGUGUGAUAAUGUAGUGCUCAGUUCUGGGUUUGCUGUUGGCUAAGCUGGUGCUCUCUUCAGAAAAGAUGUCAUCCAGGUGUCUGUUUUUGUGCCUGUAAGAUGAAAUCCACACAGUUCCUCUGCUAGUAAUGUAGGACCCUACCUGGAAAAGCAUCCGAAUGAAGGUUUGAAAGCACUGACCGCUAACCUUCCAGCUUCCCCCAGAGUAGUACUGACCAUCCCCAAUACAAACUCUCUCCUGAAGUUUAA